GGGUGCUGCUGCACCACCCCGGGGCCUCCUUAGGGAUGGCAGUUUGGGGUGUUUGUGAAGCAGCGUUCGGUUCUGGCUGCUUGGGAGCUGUGAAUUCCAGACCUGGAGCUCCCUGCAGAGAUGAGGCUUUGGGGACGUGAUGCUUUUGGGAAGGCAGGAGCUCGCAGGUGGCUCAGCCGCACUCGGCCUGGGCUCUGCUUGUUGCUGUGCUUCCUGCCAGCUCUGAGGAAUCCUUAGAGAGGCAGUGAUUGAUUCCCACCCUGAUUUAUUUAUAAAAUCUUUCUUUCUCGUGCUGCUCUCUGCGCUAUUUUUUAAAUGCGUUUAGCUGUCAAGGUGUCUAAAGCUGGAGAAUUGCUUUUGGAGUUUAUCUCCCAGUCUAUCCAUCUUUGGCAUUUAUCAGCUGCUGUUACAUCUCGCAGACAGAACGUAAGGCUCCCGGGGGUAAGAUUCCCUGCUGCACCUGCAGCAGCUGGGCAGCCCCAGGCACGGUGCACCAGAGCAGCUGGCUUAUUGCCCCCCGAGGAGUUCUUUAAGCUCUUCCUUGAGGUGAGGGUGGACGCAGAAUUCCCUCCCUCGCGUGGCAGCUCACUUGGUUGUCUACAGCCCCAGGUUGUGUGCUUGGCCCUGGUGCAGCUCCAGGGUCUGAGUGAUUUCCUAGCAGAGCCACCAUCCCACGGGGUGGCAGAAGUGGGGAAAGCAGAGCUGAGCUGGCCCUGCCAGUAUGUGCAGCAGACAGCACCGUGCCAGUCCCUGAGGGAUGGAUGGCAGGUCUCACCUCUUCCUCUGUCUGCCAGCUCUCUACGAUUUGAGUUCUCCUCCUUUGGAAGCAGGCGCUGUAAAUCUCUGCUCCUUCAGCAUGUCCUUCUCCGUCCCCAGGCACCGAGGCUCUGCCUGACAGCUCUGAGGCUGCAUGAGCUGCUUUGCAGGAAGAGAGAUGGGGAAAAGAUAUUUCUGUGAUUACUGUGACCGGUCCUUCCAGGACAACCUGCACAACAGGAAGAAGCACCUCAACGGAGUGCAGCAUCUCCGGGCUAAGAGAGCCUGGUACGACUUGUUCCGAGAUGCUGCUGCUAUCCUGCAAGAGGAGCAGAGCAAGAAGCCUUGUCGGAAGUUUCUACAAACAGGGCAGUGUGACUUUGGGUCCAACUGUAGAUUUUCCCACAUGACAGAGCAGGACUUGGAGAAGCUGAGUGCGCAGGUGCAAGGGGAGCAGAGAUUGAGGGAGCUGCGGCAGGAAGGAGCAGAAAUCCCACCUGGCACCAUUGAGAUCUGGCUGGAGAAGAGAGCCAAGAGGCUGAGCGCAGCUCAGAGCAACAGUGCCCUGCCUGAGAAACCCGCACCCUUCCAGUACCCCCCCGGCUGGCCCCCUCUGCAGGAGCUGCCCCCAUCCCUGCGGGCCCCCCCGCCUGGGGGGUGGCCGGUGCCCCCCGGCCUGCAGUGGGGCUGAGGCAUCGUGCUGGGGCCGGACUUCUUCCUAAUGUGAGAACGAGACUGGAUUAUUUAUAUGUGCUUUUAUAGGAAUAAAAUUCUCCCCCCGUUGCA